AUGCGAGCCGGGCCCAACCUGAACCACGGCGCAAUGUGGUAUGGGUGGCUCAAGCGCAUGCGGACCCUACUCAAGAAGUGCCACCGUCUGCACAUUUCAGCCCGGAGGUCCAAUCUGCAGCACCUAGGUUUGCAACUAGCCGCGGCCAAACGAGCCCUGGAGUGGCACACCGACCAUGCCACGGCUGUCCCGGACUUGGAGGCGGCUCAACAUGUCGUCGACAUGGCAAAGGCCGAGCACCGCCAACAUGCCCGGGACCUGCAAUUUGACUUCCAUGCCAACACCAACGAACGCGGCUCGUCCCACUUCUUCCGCAAGCCGCUGGGAACCAAGCUGCGUGCACCGCUCACUGGCGAGGCAUCAUGA